UAAUACAUCUCCAAUUUAAUUUCUUUGUAGCUUGUUGAAUCAUGGCUGUAGCUCUUCGUGGAAAGCUAGAGGUAGACAUUGAACUCAAGUCUAAUGUAGACAAGUAUUGGCAAACCAUUAGGGAUUCUACAACUAUUUUCCCUAAGGCCUUUCCACAUGACUACAAAAGCAUUGAGAUCAUUGAAGGUGAUGGUAAAGCUCCUGGCUCUAUCCGCCACUUCACUUAUGCUGAAGGAUCACAACUUGCAAAGUCGUCGACGGAGAAGAUUGAUGCUGCUGAUGAUGAAAAGAGGACAGCAACCUAUUGUAUAAUUGAAGGGGAUCUUCUCCAGUACUACAAAUCAUUCAAGGGACACCUAGCUUUAAUACCAGUUGGAGAAGGAUGUGAGAUGAAAUGGUGUGCUGAGUAUGUUAAAGUUAGUAAUGAUAUUCCUGAUCCAAGUAUUGUCAAAAAUUUUGCAGUCAAGAACUUCAUUGAGGUGGAUGAGUAUGUUCAAUCACUUGCUGCAUAGAAGUUUAAUGAGUUGAAUGACAAGCUAGUAUUUUAAUAAAUGUAUUGUUACAUAAUGUGGUUGAAUAAUGGAACCGUUUCCUAUUUAAUGUGAUCUAUUUAGUAAUGAGCUUGUCCUUUGUUAUUGUUGGCUUAAUAUUAUUGUACUAUGUCCUCUUUCAUUGUUAUUGAUCUAAAUUUAAUGAGAAUGGAAGUAUUAUGUGAUCAUCA